UGGCUCGGAGCCCUGGCGGUGGCUGCCUGACGUCACCGGCCUCUCUGGCAAUAGGCUGCGAGCUGAGCUCCCCGAAGCGGUGGCGGCGGCGCAGCGGCGGCUCGGUUAGGUCUCUGGCCCCUUCACUCCGCGCCUUCUGCAGCCGCCACUGCAGCCGCGCGGCGGGGCUCCCUCCCUGCAGCCAGCUGGCAGCCCCAGCCUGGUGCCUUGGGAAAGGAAAAGGGCGCACGGACACGCGUUCCAGGCGGGUCUGGCGAGGAUCUCCUGGGCACUGCCGAUUCCCUUGGCUGGCUUGUUUGCCUGCAGUUUGCUCCCUCAGUGCUUUGCUCGCGAGCACAUUCCCUCCCGCAUCAGGGAGUAGUUUUGGGUGGCGUGGGCUCAGUCCUCUUCUUGGCUGGUGGGAACAACCGUGUGCCCAGAGAGGAAGUCUGGUGGGCCCAGCCCCUCCCAGCCCAGCGCCGAUGAGUGCCAGGGCGCCCAAGGAGCUGGGGCUGGCUCUGCCGCCUUGUCUCCUCAACCGGACCUUUGCUUCCCCCAAUGCCAGCGGCGGCAGCGGCGGCGGCGGCAACGUGAGCGCCCGUGGUGUGAGCACAGGCAGUGGUGGCACCUGCAUCACGCAGGUGGGACAGCAGCUCUUCCAGUCCUUCUCCUCUACGCUGGUGCUGAUUGUCCUUGUCACCCUCAUCUUCUGCCUCAUCGUGCUGUCCCUCUCCACCUUUCACAUCCACAAACGUAGGAUGAAGAAGCGGAAGAUGCAGAGGGCUCAGGAGGAAUAUGAGCGAGAUCACUGCAGCGGCAGCCACGGAGGCAGGGGGCUGCCGCGGGCAGGUGGUCAGGCCCCGACCCAUGCAAAAGAAACCCGGCUGGAGAGGCAGCCCCGGGACUCUGCCUUCUUUGCCCCCUCCCAUGCCUCCUCCUCCGCCUCCACAUCUCCUGGCCUCCCAUGCCAGGGUCCUAGUUCUCCUCCUCAGCCACCGGCCCCCAGCCCGCAAGGAGCACACGCAGCCUCUUCCUGUUCGGACACAUCUGGCGAGGGUCUUUUGCAAACAGUGGUACUGUCUUGAUUGUCCAGCCCUUCUCUUCUCCCAUUUCUCCUUUUCAGCAUCUUUGUCAUCCUGGCUUUUUCCCUCCCACCCUUCUUGCCCCUGUCUCUGUCUGGCCUCUUUCCUCUUCCUUCUUUCCUUAUCUGCCCUCUCUGUUUCUCCUCCGCCGAGGCACUGUGCGGUAUUUGUAAAUAUUGGGCAAGGAAAGUCUCGGAAGAAGAAAUAAUGCUGACAAUAAUACUUUAUUAUUAAUAUUUAUAGUAAUUAUUAUAAUACUACUAACACAAUCCAAGCGCAUGACAAAUCACAUAAUUUCUCAUUGUCAAUGAAAGAUGUGUCUUCCCUCUCCACCCUGCAACCCCUGGAUAAGGAGGAGAAACUGCUUAAGCUACCAAAUAAUAUAAGACAUUGACCCCCUGGAGCAAAGGGAGUGAAGGGGGCCUAGUGUGUUGUACAUAGCUGUCAAGUUAAGGUUUAGUUACCUUCCCUCCCCUUCCUUCCAUUCCCCCCCCCCAACUUACACUUUUCCUUCAGCUUCCUCCCUUCUCCAUUCCCACCCUCAGCUGGGCUCAGGCAAUAGUAUGUUAUUUUUAAAAGUUUCCAUUAGGUACCAGAUCUAGAAGAGGCCUCAAGGACAGUCCCAGGGAAAAAAAAAAUAUGCAUCUGACAGUGGCAGCUCUCUGGUCAGCUCUUUACUCAUCCCUUGGUUAAUCAUUCUUUUUUUCCAGACUAAGCAUUUUAAUUUACUUUUAGAAAUGUCCCUCGCUGGCCGAGCAUCAGUAAAUUGAAAUAUUUAAAUGAAUUUUAAAGAAUCUAAUUCUUUGUCUCACCCCUACUGGUGUAUCUUUGCCUCCUGACAUUUUCAGGAUUCAGCGGAUCCGGGAGCUGUCCAUCUAGGUCAGGUGCUGAAAUCACCUCUCUGAGCUGGUUACUUUCUCUGGUUGUGCAGGUGGAGGGGGGCUGUUUUGGAAAGUGACUAUUCUAGAUUUUUGUUGGUUUCUUCUUUUUCUACAAUAGGGUUUGUGUGUACUAUUGGUUUUCUUAUUAAACAUUGCAUAAGUUACCUUUUUUUGUAAAAAAAAAAAAGUAUUAGGUGAUGUGCAGUACUGAAAAUGCAGUAUCUAACCAAUCCAAGAAUGUUCGUUUUAUUUUUAGAACAAGUGCACCUUUAUUAUAUACUUAUUAUAUUGGUACCAAAUACAGAAGCAAACUACAAUUCUGUACUGUGUCCUCCAAACUGUAUAUUCUUAUUCUUAAUUUCUAGCUGUUGAUAUAAUGGUAACACUGGAUGGAGAAUCCAGUGGUGUAGGCCUGGCUUCUGCUAUUUCCAGAAGUGUUCUUUUGUACCUUCCUCUGUAGUAGACUGUUAUAAAAAGAUGACACAUAUGUUUCCCUUUUUCUUUUGCGAAUACAGAAACAACAACAACAGAAACAAAUAAUGGAUGUGCAGGAAUGCCAUCUAUUAAAACCUGGUUAAUAUUUAAA